UAAUAUUUCCCCCCACCCCGUACAUUUUACCCUUUCUCUCUCUCUCCUCCCAUCAGCUCUCCAGCGCCGCAGCACCCCCUCCCAUUUCGCUCUCUCUCUCUCUCUCUCCUCGGCUCCAUCCCAGGCCACCGUCGCCGCCACCGAGCACGACCACCUCACCGGACCCAGCCAGCCCACGCCUCCCUCUCCCUCUCUUCCCUUUCUCUCUCCCCGAGGCAAGCCCAAACCGAGUCCACUCCCUCACUCUGUUCCCAGCUGUCGCGAGGCAAUCUGACGCCAGCGGUUGAGCCGCACCACCACCAGCAGCUCCCCACCUCACCGACGACCCGCUUCCUCCCUUUCCCACAGCCUAAGCCCCCAAAUUUCCCUCUCCCUCGCACGCUUCAUCUCCCUCUCGGCAUUCUCUUCAUCACGGUCCAGAUCCGCCGCUAGGCCCACCGUGAGCCACCUCGACCGUCUCAACUCCUUCUUCCUACCUCGCGUUCUCUCUCUCACGGAUCCCCUGUGCACAGCCACCAGAUCUGUCGCCGUGAGCCACAAUCGCCGCCUCUAGCCACGACGCCGCACCACCACGAGCAACCCACCGACACAGCAGCACCUCCCGCACGCUUUCAUUCACUGUCGAAGCCCUUAAGCCUGUUUGGAGAUGAUGACAAGAGAUGUCAUUUGGAACUCAAGUAUUUAUUGGAGAUCAAAAGAGCAGUUAGAUGAGUUUUGCCAAAAUAAUUGCAACUUAUAUGUGGAGCUAAAUUUAGCAAAAAGAGCAUAACUUCAGAGAUAUAGCAAGGGCUUGUUGCACGAUUCUUGGAGGGAGGCACUUCUUUCUUUUAUUCUGUUAAUGCAAUAGAGCUGUACCUUCAGAGGACAAAUAUAGUUGAAGAUUAGUGAAUUUGUUGUGUUGUUCUUAUACCCUAUACCAUGCUUAAGGUCCCAGAUCAUCAGGUUGCUGGCCACAAGGGUCGUGAUGGAAUGCUCGGUCCUCUGAUUGAUGAUUCAGGGCACUUCUACAAGCCUCUUCAAGAUGAUGAUCGUGGGUCCAAUGAGGUAGCCUUCUAUAAAUCAUUCUCAUCCAACACUGAGAUUCCAGAUCACGUCCGGAGGUUCUUUCCUAUUUUUUAUGGAACUCGGCUUAUAGAGGCAUCUGAUGGAUCUGGCCUGCAUCCUCAUCUUGUGAUGCAAGAUAUUAUCUCAAGUCACCUCUAUCCAUCUAUCAUGGACAUUAAGAUUGGAUCCAGAACGUGGCCCCCCCAAGCAUCUGAGGACUAUAUCCAAACGCAUUUAAAGAAAGACAGAGACACAACCAGCAUUGCACUAGGGUUUAGGAUAUCUGGAUUGCAGGUACGUGGGAGCAAAGAAUCUGAAACCUGGAAGCCAGAUAAAAAGCUUGUCAAGAAAUUUACUGCCAAGGAUGUUAGCUUAGUUUUGAGGAAGUUUGUCUCUUCUAACACGUCUGUAGAUACAGGUAUGGACCCUGAUUGUUCUUUUGCAUCAGCUGUUUAUGGUGGAUCUACUGGAAUUUUGGCACAGUUGCUGGAGCUCAAAAAAUGGUUUGAGGAUCAAACCAUUUACCAUUUCUUUUCUUGCUCGGUUCUCAUGGUGUAUGAUAAGGAAUCAGUAGUUAAAGAAAGGAAUUAUGGUGCUGAAGUAAAACUUGUUGAUUUUGCUCAUGUUUUGGAAGGCAAGGGUGUUAUUGAUCAUAACUUCUUGGGUGGGCUCUGUUCUUUGAUAAAGUUUAUCAUGGAGAUUCUGACCGGCUGUGAUGAGGAUGAAGAAGCCAAAGCUUCUCUACAAGACCCUAAGAAGAAUUGUAAUUAUACUGAUUGAGCCACUUAGAAAUGAACAGGAUGUCUUCAAUGUUGACUUUCCCACCUCACUGUGUAGGUGUAGGCUCUGUCUUAUCUAUGCGCCUUCAUGGUGGGAUACUGAAAUCUAAGUACUUUUGGCUCGUAGUAGUUUCUAUUUCACUUGGAAUCUUUUUUUUUUUUUUUUGUUGGGGGGGUGUUUUGUUGAGGAAUUACACUUUGCAUCCUAAAUUGUAACUCUUUUGCAUUGUUGUACUGCUUCCCAGGCGAAUCAAUUUGUUGCUUUUUAUUUUAUUUUAUUUAAAUUUAAUUUUGUGCUGCA